AUGGAGGACCACAUGACAGGGCACGAAAAGGAGAAGCGGUAUGAAUGCGACGUAUGUGGCAAGGCCUGGCGGUGCCCGAGCCUUCUAGAGAUCCACCGGCGGGUGCACACGGGAGAACGCCCCUUUGACUGCUACGACUGCGGCAAGACCUUUACCCAAUUGUCGGCGCUACAGCCCUAUGUGUGCUUCACCUGCGGCAAGAGCUUUGCCCAGUUGUCGGGGCUGCAGGUGCACCAGCGCGUUCAUUCGUGCGAGAAGCCCUAUGGUUGCUUCACCUGCGGCAAGAGCUUUACCAGUUUGUCGGUGCUGCAGGUGCACCAGCAGGUGCACACAGGAGAACGUCCCUUUGAAUGCUCUCACUGCUGCAAGCGCUUCAAUACGGCGCAGUAUCUGAAGAUACACCGACGAGUGCACACGGGCGAGAAGCCCCAUGGCUGCUCCACCUGCGGGAAGAGCUUUGCCCAGUUGUCGGGACUGCAGGAGCACCGGUGGGUACACAUGGGCGAUAAGCCCCAUGGCUGCUCCACCUGUGGCAAGAGCUUUGCCCGGGUGUGGAGGCUGUGGGAGCACCGGCGGGUGCACAGCAGCGAGCGGCCCUUCUCCUGCUCUGACUGCGGCAAAGGCUUCAAGUCGUGCAAGCACCUGAAGGUGCACAGGCGCCUGCGCACCGGGGAGCGGCCCUACACCUGCAGCGACUGUGGCAAGGGCUUCACCCAUUCCAGCAACCUGCUGUCCCACACCGGGGAGCGCCCCUUCAUUUGCACCCAGUGCAGCAAGGGCUUCACCCAGUCCAGCAGCCUGCUGUCCCACCAGCGCACCCACACCGGGGAGCGCCCCUUCACCUGCAGCGACUGCGGCAAGGGCUUCAUCUGCUCCAACAGGCUGCUGUCCCACCAGCAGGUGCACGACAGCGACGGUCCCUUCCCCAGCCCGGUGUGUGGAGAGCGCUUUUCCAUGGCCUCCCAUGCCUUGUCUCACCAGCGCGUGCACACCAGUGGCCAGCCCUACGACUGCCCGUACUGUGGUGAGUCGUUGGACAGCUCACAGCGGUUGCGGCAGCACCGGAGGGCUCACGUCGUCGAGCAGCAGCUCCCACUGCGGCAGGAGUUUCAAGAGAGCACGGGGGCUGCGGGAGAACCAGCGGAUACACACCAGAGAGAGACCCUUUGAGUGCGCUGAAUGUGGCGAGGGUUUCACCCGCAUGUCCAGCCUGUGGCAGCACCAGUGUGCCCACAGCGGUGAGCGUCCCUUCCCCUGCCCGUCCUGUGGUAAAGGCUUCACCCGCCUUGACCACCUGCUGGAGCACCGGCGAGUCCACACUGGCCAGCGCCCCUUCACCUGCCCGCUCCUCCCGGCUGCUGGCACACCGCGAUGUGGAUAGGCACUGUUUAGGUAGUCACAAAAUGCUGGAAGGAAUGGGUGAUGUUUCAGGCCCAAAAAAAAUCAAUUUCUUUCUCCCCAGAGAUUCCUGACCCGCUGAGUUACUCCAGCACUCUGAUAAAUGUCACCCAUCCAUGUUCUCCACAGAUGCUGCCUGACCCUCUGAGUUACUCCAGCACUCUGUGAAACGUCACCUAUCCAUGGUCUCCACAGAAGCUGCCUGACCCGCCAAGUUACUGUAGCACUUCUUGUUCGAGUCAUACAGUGCGGAUACAGGCCCUUCCGCCCAACUGGUCCACAACUACCAACAUGUCCCAGCAACACUAGUCCCACCUCCCUGCGUUUGCUCCAUAUCCCUCCAAACAUUUCCUAUCCAUGUACCUGUCUAACUGUUUCUUAAACUUUGCGAUAGUCCCAGCCUCAACUACGUCCUCUGGCAGCUUGCUCCAUACACCCAGCACCCUUUGUGUGACAAGGUUACCUGGCUGAUUUCUAUUCAAUCUUUUCCCCUUCACCUUGAACCCACGUCCUCUGGUACUCGAUUCCCACACUCUUGCAAGAGAUUGUGUGCAUCUAACUAAGUUCUGUUCGAUAAAAUAUUCCGGCAUCUGUAGUAUCUUGUGUCUCCCUCACCUAUAUCCACCUAUCACUUCUGAAUAAGAGUCUCAAC